AUUAAAACUUUGGGAAUACGAGAACAAGAAACUAGGUGAGGUUGGGUUUCUUUUAGAGGGAACACAUAACCAUUAAGAUAAGGAACUGCACUUUAUUAUUAUUUAUUUAUUUGGUUUAGCUUUGCUUGUGAAGUUGGCUUCGUUUUCUGCAAUUCCCACUCCACAAAGCCACACCCUUCAUCACCCCCCAGAAACUAACACAAAAGCAAAAAAAGAAAAAAAAAAGGAGAAAAAUUAUAACAACACAUUAUUUUUAUUAAUAUUGUUGUAAUUAUUGUUACAGUUUUCAUUUGUCUUGUCCCUUUAUUUUUCGAUUGGAUCUGAGGCUCUUCAGAGUUGCAGAAAGGCACACCAAAGUUGCUUCACUUUCUUGGAGUGUGGUUUCUCCUUGCUCCAAGCAACCACACACACACACACUCAACUUGUGGAAUCCAUAGCCAUGGAAGAAGGUUUCUCGCUCUGCAAUUUCAUUGCCAUUUUUAUGCUUUGAUCAGUGUAAUCAAAGAAAAAGCUGAAGGGUGGCUUCUAAAGAAUAAAAAAACAAAACUUCAACUUGGUUGCUGUUACAAGCUGAUGCAUUUUUGGAAUCAAAAGCAUAGGGGGUGUUGGUUUUGUCAAGUUAUGGUUUUGUUUAGUGGUGUUAAUUAGAAGGGAACUGAAUUUCCUGGUGAAUCUGUGAAAGACUGAAACUUUGAUAUCUGAAAGCCUUUCUCAUCAAGGAUUUCUUAAUGGGGUCUCCUGUUAAUGAAGUUGAUUCUUUAUCAGAGGUUCAGAAUUUAGUUUCUGUGGUAGAUCAUGAUCCUCCUUCGACAUCUGGGAUUCUCCGGUCUUCUCGGCCUCCAUUAAGAGCACCAAGGAAUUAUGGGGCUUCCUCCAGUCAAAAGCAUUCCUAUCAGGAGGCUGACAAUGUGGAACACGACAGAAUGCCUAAUAUGGAGAAUCAGUAUUACGACGCUAACAGCAAGUCUGACAAUGCAAGCCUCAAUAAAGCUGUUGAAAGUUGUUUAGGAAAGAAUAUCUCCUCUAUGGAAACAAAACUAAGCAUCAAGCAACCAUUAGAUGCUUCCAAGAAUUGUGACUCUGGUGGCGUGUUAGAAUCUGACAAUUGCAAAUUAGGUUCAUCAAAAGGAGUUGUUGAUCCAACAAAGAGUUACUGUCAAUCGGAGAUUACUUUUUGUCCAAGUCCUCAGAAUAGUUUCUAUUCAGAAGCCAAGGAAAGUUUUGUCAAUACUGGAGCCAGUGAAUGUGUGAGUGUUGAUAAGUCAGUUGAAAGUGGAGAAGUUACUAAUUCCUGUGAAUUUAAUGAGAGCAGAAAGACCAGCAUCUGUAGAGGGAGUACUGGAAGUGACGUUAGCGACGAGAGCAGCACUAGUAGUUUGAGCAGUACUUUGUAUAAACCCCACAAGGCAAACGAUAUAAGAUGGGAAGCGAUUCAAGCCAUCCGAGUCCGUGAUGGGGUGUUGGAAAUGAGACAUUUCAGGUUGUUGAAGAAAUUGGGAUGUGGAGACAUAGGAAGUGUAUAUCUAGCUGAGUUAAGUGGCACAAGGACUUGUUUUGCCAUGAAAGUAAUGAACAAAACCGAGCUGGCAAGUCGUAAGAAGCUUGUUAGGUCUCAGACAGAGAGAGAGAUACUGCAGUCUUUAGAUCAUCCAUUUCUACCCACUUUAUAUACACACUUUGAGACUGAGACAUUCUCCUGCUUGGUGAUGGAGUUUUGCCCUGGUGGGGACUUGCAUGCACUAAGGCAAAGACAACCUGGGAAGUACUUUUCUGAGAUUGCUGCCAGGUUUUAUGUGGCAGAAGUUCUCCUUGCUUUGGAAUACUUGCACAUGCUUGGGGUGAUCUACAGAGACCUUAAGCCGGAAAAUGUGUUGGUGAGAGAAGAUGGUCAUAUAAUGCUAUCAGAUUUUGAUCUCUCUCUAAGGUGUGCUGUCAGUCCAACUCUUGUGAAGUCAUCAAACUCUAGCUUGGAGACAAAAAGCUCAGGAUACUGCAUUCAGCCUGCUUGCAUUGAACCAACUUGUGUAAUACAGCCAGCCUGCAUUCAACCUUCGUGUUUCACACCGCGCUUUUUCUCCAGCAAAUCCAAGAAAGAAAAAAAGUCAAAACCAAAGAAUGAUUUGCAGAAUCAGGUGACCCCUCUCCCCGAGCUUAUUGCUGAGCCCACGAAUGCUCGUUCAAUGUCCUUCGUGGGGACACACGAGUACCUGGCACCCGAAAUCAUCAAAGGCGAAGGGCAUGGCAGUGCUGUAGACUGGUGGACAUUUGGGAUAUUCCUAUACGAGCUCUUGUUCGGCAGAACACCGUUCAAAGGUUCGGCUAACCGAGCAACGCUAUUCAAUGUUGUUGGCCAGCCCUUGAAAUUUCCUGAAUCCCCUACAGUCAGCUUUGCUGCCAGGGACUUGAUCCGGGGCUUACUCGUGAAAGAGCCUCAGAAUCGCCUCGCAUAUAGACGUGGGGCAACGGAAAUAAAGCAACAUCCAUUCUUUCAUAAUGUUAACUGGGCACUGAUCCGAUGUGCAAAUCCUCCAGAAGUUCCAAGACUGGCCAUGAAGGCACUUGCAGCUGAAAAGGUGCCUGGUGUGAAGCCUUCUGGUAACUAUUUAGAUAUUGAUUUCUUUUGA